AUGUCAUCUGAAGAAAUCGACACGGACAACAGCGAAAAUUCACGCAGUGAUGUAAGUUCAUUAGACGCUGGUUUUAUGAAAACCCAAGUCGAAUUGUCAAACUCCGAAGAAGAAUUUUCCGAUAAUGAAUUAGAUUCACAAGUAUGGAAUGAAAUAGAUUCAGAAUCCGAUGGUGAAUUUCAAGAAGACUAUGGGAUCGUCGACGAAGUAAAUCCAACUUCGCAAGAUAAUACAAUCUAUCCGAUUGAUUGUUAUCGCCAUUUCAUUACUCAUGAAGAAAUGUUAAAAUUCGUGGGAAUUAUCAUCGAAAUGGCUUUGUUUCAAAUCCCAAAAGUGGACUAUUACUGGAGCAAAAGUAAGUUAUAUGGGUCCGAAGUUAUUCAAAAUACCAUGUCAAGAGACAAAUUUGAAUUAAUUCUCGAAUUUUUAUCAUUUUUCGAACAAUGA